UUAAUUAAAAAUUUAUAAAAAUAAUGAUAUUACAUAAUAAUAAGACGUUCACGAAUGCAGGAAUUGUCAACGUAUUUAAAUAAUCGCGGUAUCAAUCGAUGAAGAUAAGAUAUUGACGGCCAGCUGACAUCAUCGGAAAACUGCAAGUCACAAUUAUUACAUAAAAUCAAUACUAUUAUGGAAUGAUUAAUCUAAGAGAUGAUGCAGGCUUAACAUUUUAUUGAAUAAAGUGUGUGCUGUUCGCAAGCAAUUGUUAAGUAAAACACAAUAAUCCAACAGCUGCGGACGUGAAUAAACAUGAGAGCAAAACUUCACGCAGAUAUUUAUUUGAUGAAGUGAAUUUUUAGUGUUGCACGUAUUAUUUAUUUUUUAAACAUAAAUUAAUAUUAUAUUUCAUUUUAUUACAUAAUUUGAUUUUAUACUGACCUAUAAAAUGUCGACGAAAGUGCCGCCAAAUGGGGGAUGGGGAUGGAUGAUUGUCGUAGCUUCAGCAUUAAAUGCAAUAUCUACUAUCCCGAUUAUACAAGGAUUCGGAUUGAUAUUUAAAGAUGCUUUCGCCGCGCUUAAUCUAUCUGCAACGGAUACGUCAGUUAUAAUCAAUGUAAAUUUGGCAUUCGGUAUGAUACUCGGCUUAAUCAACGGGCCCCUGUUGAAGAUCUAUGGUUAUAGAAAAGUGGCGAUGACCGGAAGUAUUAUAUAUGCAGUCGGCGUAACACUGACGGCAUUCGCCAAUACCUUUACUCUUCUUAUAAUUUGUUACGGAGUGCUAGCCUCUAUUGGCAUGAGUAUGUCAAUGUCUGGAUUUUCUCUGGCGACCAAUUCUUAUUUUACCACAAAACGAGGACGAGCAGUAGGCAUGGCAAUAACUAUCACGGGAUUGGGUCCAAUUAUUAUGCCUCAAGUAGCAUCCUUCCUACUUUCAUUUUACGGCGUUCAGGGGACCGUCUUGAUACUUGGCGCUUACAGUUUUCAUUCGAUGAUAGGCGCAAUGUUGUUGCAACCGAUUAAAUGGCAUAUGAAAAACGUGCCUAUCUGCUUAGAAACAAUCACAAAAGAAAGUCCUAAAGUUUUAACUAACGUUAAUGACAAACAAGAUACACCGAAUCAUUGCGAGGAAGACGAAACAAAUCUACAGUCUUCGAUACUGACGUUAAACAAUUAUCAAAGGAAGCGGAAAACGACAAUAUCCAGCAUCGACCACGAUGUCGAAGUUAAGAGCAUUUAUGGAUUCGAUAUGCCUUUAACGCGACAGAUUUCUACAGACGGAACGAUAUUGUACGACUCAAAUUACGACACCGAGAUUAAUGGAGCCUCAAAGAUGAAUUUACACGGCAGUCGAAGGGGUUCAAAAUAUCCAUGGUGGAAUUCGUCAAAAAGCGUGGAUAGUAUCCAUCUCGGUAGUAGUGUACAAAUUUUUGACGAGCCUAUUUCAAUAACGAAAAAACUGACAUUUAUUGAUAACGGUGUAAGCAAAAAUAAUGGCGAAAUAAAUCAGAACGUUGUGGAAAAGAAUUCGCUAUUGGAAAAAGAGAUCGAUAAUACAAUCAAAGAAAAUGACGACGACUGUAACAAAAAUAAUUCGACCGUAUGCCGCCUUCUGCGACGAGUGGCUGAUCUCUACGAUUUCGAUCUUCUACGCGACCCAAUCUACGUGAAUAUCAUGUUGGGGAUGUCAAUCGCGAUUUUCGCGGAAGUGAACUUUUCCAUGUUGACGCCGUUUAUUCUAGCUGACAUGGGCUUAACAACGGCAGAAAUUGCCAACAUCAUGAGCAUCAUCGCGAUAGUCGAUCUCGUUAGCAGAGGCGCGGCGCCUUACCUGGGGGAGUGGCUACGUCUGUCAGCCAGGAUGAUGUACAUGUCCAGCCUGUUUCUUCUGAUAAUUAGCAGAACCUCGCUGAUAUUUGCACAUAACUUUGCUUCAAUACUGGCCGUCGCAAUCGGUUUGGGAGCGGCGAAAGGAAUUAGGUCGGUGUACAUGGCCUUAGUCGUACCCAGCUACGUUUCCAUUCAAAAGUUACCCAACGCCUCGGGGAUUCAGAUGCUGACCAACGGAAUGAUUCUUAUGAGCGCUGGUCCUAUUCUCGGUAUAAUACGAGAUAAUACUGGAAAUUACACGAUCUGCAUUAUCUUGCUCAACUUUGUGACCGCUAUUACGCUGUUUAUGUGGACAACGGAGUUGCUAGUACGACGAAAAUCCGCCCGACAAAAAUCACCCGGAACAUCUUAAUACCACGCUGAAAAUAAUUGUGUUUCUGUAAAUAAAUCAUUUUCCAAAUAAUUCAACGGUACGCAAAAGUUCCGAAGGUGGUAAAAUAAUAUGCAGUCUAAAUAUACUUCGUACGUACACGAGAAUGAUUAUAUGCGACAAUUUUACGAGCAUC